GAUUAGUUUACCAGAGCACUACCUGAUGGCAGCAGAACUCCAGUAAAACCCAGCAUUCUAACAUACUCCAGCCCCGGGAUAUCGACGCAAUGCAUUUAUUCAACAAAUACAACACUAUCAGACCAUCAUCCCCCGAAAAUGACAAUGACAACCGCCCUGCACUACCGCCUCGCAACACCCACCGACGCCCCCAAAUCCAACACCUCACCAAACUGGACCGGCGACACAGCCCUCUCCUCGGCCUUCCGCGUCGACACCACUGAGAUCCUCGCAAAGAUCACCACGCCGGACAGCGCAUUCCUCCUUGCAAGCGACCUCACCGGCGCCCUGAUCGCCUGCAUCGGAAUCUCCAGGGAAACUGCGGACGCUGACCUCGCACGCUUCUUCAUGCUGGCUGUCGAUGAAGCGUACCAGCGCUUUGGGAUCGGGCGGAAAGUCCUCGCUUACGCGGAGGGGUAUUGUCAGAGGAAAUGGGGUGUUAGGCGGGGAGGUCUGAAUGCGCUCUCGACUCGGGAGGAGCUGAUAUUGUGGUAUUUGCGCUGUGGGUAUCGGCCCACAGGGGAGGUGACGCCUUUUCCGGUUGAGAGGUUUAGGGGGUUGGAGUUGCCGGAGGAUUUGGGCUUUGUGGAGAUGGAGAAGGUGUUGAUUGCGAGCUGAACCGCGGGGGUAAUGGGAUGGUGCAGGAGGUUUGUGUAGAGGAUGGUCGUGGUCCAGGGAGGUAUUGAUUGGUGGCUUCCUCAUGGUACUGGCAGCAGAUUCUGACGGGUAAAGGUCACGUAGACUCAAUAAGUGCAUAAGCAAAGUGGACAUGAUAAGAUUCAGCAUAGAACUAAGCACUGUACAGUUGACCGGCACACUGGGUGUUUCCGCAUAAAUGCUUGACAUCUACCAGCCGUUCUUCAGGAUACAACGGAAAUGCUCAUGUAC